CCUCCGGGCGGCCACCGCGGUGGCCCGCCUCCCUCGGCAGCCCCCCGGCCAGUCAGCGCGCGGCGUGACUCGAGGUGGCACUCCCAUUGGCUCCAUGUCCUGCCCCUCAAACCUCUUGCGUCGGGGCGCCUGCGUGGCUCAGUCGUUAAGCGUCUGCCUUCGGCUCAGGUCACGAUCCCGGGGUCCUGGGAUCGAGCCCCGCAUCGGGCUCCCUGCUCCGCGGGAAGCCUGCUUCUCCCGCUCCCACUCCCCCUGCUUGUGUUCCCGCUCUCGCUGUGUCUGUCAAAUAAAUAAAUAAAAUCUUAAAAAAAACAAAAAACAAAAAACAACCUCUUGCGUCCAAUCAGACCCAAGAGUGGCAAGAGCGCCGCGGGGCUAGGGAAGGGAUGCCUCCCGAGUCUCCGGGGGCCGGGUCGCCGCUUUCCGGUUUUGUUUUCCAGCCUGUCGUGCGCUCGUCUGACACAGGUGACGGGAGGAGAAAAGGCACUUCGUGUGCGCCGGUCACAGCCAUCGCCGUCCUUCCCUGAAGAGCCCCCAAACUCUCAGGAAGAUUUGCUGUCGCUAGGAGAAACAGGCAGAGAGGGCGAGGCUGCCUGGGCCUCCCUGAAGUCCAGUUUGCGGACGCCUAGGCUCCCAACCCCCAGCUCGCAGGUGCAGGCCCCCGCCGUGGCUCCCGGCCAGGGGCAACCCACUUCGCACUCCGGGUGUCAGGCUGGGGGCGGGGCUUGGCUGGGCCGGUCCAGGAUGCGAGAUCCUGGAAGGAAGAAGAGCGGCGGUGUUCCGGGCUUGGGCGGGCUGGGCUCUUCGGAACAGGCAAGGAAGCGGUGGGCCCGCCGGUCUGCAGCAGAGCUCUCCCCGCGGAAUGGACUUCCGAACCCCCGACCUGCUGGACGUGUGGCUGGAGCCCCCAGAAGAGGUCUCAACAGGAGCCUUCCUGGAGCUGGGACUCCACUGCCCCCCUCGAGAGGUCCCAGGGAUUAAGCUCCAAGAACAGGGUCUUCGAAGCUGGGAGCCCAGCGGGAGCCGUGGCUGUGACCUUCAAGAGAGUGAGCCUGAAGAUUUCCUGAAGCUCUUCAUUGAUCCCAAUGAAGUGUACUGCUCAGAAGCAUCUCCUGGUAGUGACAGUGGAAUCUCCGAGGACCCUGGCCAUCCGGACAGUCCUCCUGCCCCCAAAGCACCCAAUUCCCCUGCUCUCUAUGAGACUGUCUAUGAGGCAGGGGGCCUGGAGAGGAUGCAAGGGGAAGCUGGGCCAGCUGUAGGGCUCCUCUCUCUCCAGCUAGAUCAGCGAAGCCCACCACUUAUGGUGCCUGAUGCCUGCACGGUCCUCGAGCUGCCCCUUGAUGCUCACCCUCACACCCUGCCCAGAGCGGGCACUGUAAACCCAGUGCCUCCUGUGACCCUGCUGCCCUGUCAAACCUUGUUCCUGACAGAGGAGGAGAAGCGUCUGCUGGGACAGGAAGGGGUUUCCCUGCCCACUCACCUGCCUCUCACCAAGACAGAGGAGAGGAUCCUCAAGAAGGUCAGGAGGAAGAUCCGUAACAAGCAGUCAGCUCAGGACAGUCGGCGACGGAAGAAAGAGUACAUCGACGGGCUAGAGAGCAGAGCGGCUGCCUGUUCUGCACAGAACCAGGAACUACAGAAAAAAGUCCAGGAGCUGGAGAGGUACAAUAUCUCCCUGGGAACUCAGCUCCGCCAGCUGCAGAUGCUCAUUGCCCAAACCUCCAACAAAGCUGCCCAGACCAGCACUUGUGUUCUGAUCCUUCUUUUUUCUCUGGCUCUCAUCGUCCUGCCCAGUGUCAGCCCCUUGCAGGGUCCCCGGGAAGCUGGGACUGAGGAUCACCAGCCUCAUGGAGUGAUUUCCAGAAAUAUCCUGACUCACAAGGACAUGACAGAAAAUUUGGAGACCACAGUGGUAGAGUCCAGAUUGGAGGGGCCACCUAGGGCCAAGGGUGUAAAUGGCUCAACAAGGACCCUGCUGGAGAAGAUGGGAGGGAAGACAGGCCCCAGUGGGCAUGUCAGAACUGGCCUGCAUGCAGAUGAGAUGUGAGCUGGAACAUUUCCCAGCCCACUUCCCAGCUGCAA